GAAUAGAGAAAAAACAGGUACGAGUUAAUGGAAAAAGGGAAUCCGUUUACAUCAUCGACCAUUCCAAAAUAGUAGCUAAGUUAUGCAAUUCCAUUGGUGAUAUCGAAGAUUUUGAGUUGGAAACUCAUGGCCUUCCCACUUCUGAUAUUUCACAAGAUAGCUUACCUACUAAAACUUCUAUGGAAGAAAUCCCAGUAUUUAACGUUCCUGAAACAAAGGAAGAAGAAAACGAACCGGAAAAAAUAAAUACUGAAAAAAUAAAAUCAGUCCCUUCAGAACAAUCCAAUAUAUCAUGUAAUAUAAAAACCGUUACCAAUACUAGUGAUCAAAAUUCAGAUACAAAUUGCGUCAACAAUAAUCAGGAUAAAUUGCUUGAUAAACCUGUUUUAAAUUCUUCCAAAAUCUUGAACCUGUUAGCAAUGAAUUGGAAAUAUCCUCCAACAUAUCUGAAAGCGAUAAAACCGAAAAUGCGGAGCAUAGAGCAAUGGGCAAUCGAUCAUGGUGAGGAUCCAGAUAAGUUUAUGACUAUUACUGAAAAAGAUAUUAAUUUAUCUACAACAUACCGAGAUAGAAUGAUGUCAGAUGCCGAUAUGAUUCAGUUUGCAAAAGAGACUGAUGAUGAUCCAGAUUUGCUAAUGAAUAUGACUAGGAGAGAAAGAUUAAUAAGUGAAGAAAUAUAUUUACGUGAAUGGGAGGAAGAAGGAAUACAACGAUCAUAUAUUUUCGAUAAUGAAGAGUGGAAAAAAAAUAUAGCCAUUCUUCAAGAAAAUGGAUAUCUAAGGUAA